GGUAAAAAUGGCGGCGUAAAAAUUUAAUGUCUCGAAAAGAGAAAUUGAAAAAAGCGAAAAGUAGUAAAUUCAGCGGGUUGUAUUUAACGAACUGUAGUUUUCUUAUAUAAAAGUUAACACCCCCAGGGGUUCCGCUGCUGGGUGACCCCCUUUUCUUUUUGUUUUUGUAAAGUGGUGAUCUAGUUCUUUAUGGGAAUAUAAGUCUCUGAAAAUCUGAUAUGCUAGAAAAUGUCGAAAAACCGUUAUGAAGUAAGUGGAUUUUAUAUGAAAUAAAGAACAGCUGGAUUUAGUUGUGUUCAGCCUAUAAAGCGGUAAAUUUAAUGGCGGAUUCAGGACUUUACGCAGUCUGCAAUACUGAGUGACUUUAUGGGAAACCUUAUGUGCAUACCAUGGAGAAGGGACAACACUUCCACAUUGUAAAGGUUGUUUGACAGCGGAAAGGACUGUUUUCGCAAAUAUUAGUGAAUAACGACAUUGACGAGUGGUCCCGUAGCAGUUUUGGAAAAAAAGCGGAACUAAGGGCCAGCAAAAAUGUUGCGAAAUCGGAAGGGACAUCUUUACAAAAGAAUCAUCAGAAAACUGUUUGCUGUUUUUAUUUUUGUGAUUGGUAUAAGACUUAUCUGGGUAUCUGUCGUCACCGGAUGGACCUCUAAUGUUACAAGAGAUAACCGUGAUAUUCAGUUAGCAGCGAAACAUUCAGUACAAUUCGUUGAAGGAGAUGACAAAAUUAGUCACAAUUUUAAAUUUUCAAGGCUGAAAAAUGAAUAUCCGGAGGAGGGCAUGGAACCUGGUUUUACAAAAACUAAAGUUAAUGACGUUAAAAGUAGUUCUCCGAAAAAUUUGCUCAAACGUGUUAAAGAAGAUCCAGAGAAAGGAAAUGGCGGUAUAGCACCUGACACAGAAAAACAAAACUUAAUACAGACACCAGUAGUAACUAAACAAAACAGUCGAAACAAUAGUAUAUCAUCAGUACAUAGUAAAAAUACUUCAAAUAAAAAGAUAACUGAUAAAGUGGAUUUUCAAGCAAGAUCACCAGUUCGAAAAUUACCCAAUGAAAACACAGCUGGAAAUCAGAACAGAUCAUCUGCAGUGAAAUCAGGUAUGCAUGUGAUUAACAGAACACUUAUUGCGAUACCAUCUAAUAUAAAGAAAUCACACGAUGUUAUAAACGUCAAAGAGAGUAUUAGAAAUGCAAUUAACAAAACGAGUCUAAAUAAAGUUGAUGCAACAGCUCAUAUAGAACGUGUCAAAGAGAACAAAACCGAAGAAGCAGACGAAAAUGGAAAGAAACACUUAAUGGAAUUAAACUUUCAAGAUAAUGCCAAGUUAACUGGAAUUAACUCAAAUCUUAAUAUUAAGGUUUCUAAAGAUGACAAUGUGCUAAAGGAAGCAGCUUCGAGAGGUAUUUGCAAGCUAGUUGAACCUUGGGGACAAAAAUACAACGCAGAUAUCUCAACAUACGACUUGUUUAAAAAUGUAAGUUAUAAAAUGGAUGAUAAUGGAAACUAUCCAAUACCAGUCAAAACUGUUGAAGAGUUAAGGAAAGCUAAAGAGCUGAAACCGUUAACUGUUAUUCUUGUACCAUUUUCGCAUGCUGACCCGGGUUAUGGUUUGACUAUAGAGCAGUAUUACAAUCAGAUGACGCAUGCCACACUAGAUAACAUGCUCGUAAAACUCGUGCAGUAUCCGAACAUGACAUUCCAAUGGGCAGAGACAGUUUUUCUUGCUAGAUGGUUUGAAGACCUUGAUGAAAAUGGUAAAGAAACAGUGAAAAGGCUGAUAAACAAUGGACAACUUGAAGUAGUGCUAGGUGGUUGGGUGAUGCCUGAUGAGGCUAGCACAAAUUAUGUAGCAGUUGUUGACCAGUUAAUAGAAGGACAUCAGUGGUUAUUAGAACAUCUUGGAGUCAAACCGAAGUCAGCCUGGGUUAAUGACCCUUUUGGUUAUUCGAGCACGAUGCCGUACUUUUGGAAAUCUAGCGGAAUGGAUAAUUUACUGUUUUUAAGAAUAAACCAACCUGUAAAAGCCAAACUUAUGAAAAGGAAGAGUCUAGAAUUUAUGUGGCGACCAUACUGGAAGACUUCAAACGACAGUGAUGUUUUGUCUAGUUUGAUGUCGUACACAAAUUACUGGGUGUCGGAUGUAUGCGGACCGGAACAAAAAUCAUGCCAAGAGUUUAACUUUCUUCAUCUAUGGGAAGGAGAAAGCCGGGCAGUUCAAGUAACAGAAACAAAUGUCGCGGAACAGGCCAAGAAAUUAUCAGAACAGUUCCGAAUUACCAGUGACUUGUAUAAACACAACACAUUGUAUAUUGGUCUAGGAGAAGAUUUUUCAUAUCCAAAACCCCAUCAGUGGGACAACAUGUACACAAAUUAUGAAAAGCUUAUUAACUUUAUAAAUUCACAGACAAACUGGAAUAUGACGAUUAAGUUUGGGACACUAACUGAGUACUUUACACAAGUCCGUAAGGAAGAACGAAAGAUGGCGGAAACUUCAAACAAAAACCGGAAUAAUGCAUUGACAUUCCCUACCAUAUCUGGUGAUUUCUUUCCCUACACAGAACGUAAUCAGGAGUUCUGGACGGGAUAUUUCACCACGAGGCCAUUGAAUAAACGUUUCUCCAGAGAAAUUGAAUCGCUGACUAGAGCAGCAGAUAUUUUUAACGUGAUUGUUUAUUCAUUAUUUAAAUACUAUGGUGUCGAGUAUAGAGCCCAUGACGAAGUUGCAAGGGUUUUACGAACGGCAAGGCGAGAAUUGGGAAUGUUUAUGCAUCACGAUGGAAUAACAGGAACCUCUCUGCCUCAUGUUGUGGACGAUUACGAGCAUAGACUUUUUAAAGCAAAUGAAGAUGCUAACAUGGCGCUCAAGAUGGCCGUGUUAACACUGCUAAGCAAAGGGAAACAGUUCAACCCAAAACUACUGCAGGAGGAAACUGUGAAACCGGGAACUAAACAAAUGUCGGGAAGUAUUAUCUUUGAAACAAAAAAGGAUGUGAAAAUAUUGCUGAUAAACCCAAUUGCCAGACGACGAAAAGAAGUAAUAAAUAUUUUUGUAAAUUCUAAAGAAAUUCAGUUAGCCUCACCUUCAGUGCGGAUUGUACCCUAUCAGAUAUCUGCAGCUAAAGAAAAUAGUGAAAAUGAACCUUUUAUACUUUCUUUCGAAACAGACUUACCUGCUUUUGGUAUAGAGGAGUAUACUAUACUGCCCAAGCAUGAUGCUAAAGAGAGGAUAGAAGUUUAUGAAAGUGCACCUACUAAAAGUGAGAGUGUAUUAGAAAUAGAAAACGCAUUUAUGAAAGUAGAAUUUGAAAAAGACACUGGAAUGAUAAAAAGAAUUAUUCACAAAAGUGGUCACGUGACAAAUAUUACAGCUCAGUUUAUGGUUUAUCAAUCAAAAACAAGCGGAGCAUAUAUAUUUGGACCUGCUGGUCAUGCACAAGCAUUUAUGACCGGUGCAAAGACGAUCAAGGUCAAAAAAGGCCGUCUGUUUUCCGAGGUCAAAGUUACAUCGUCGGGAUUUUUGAUUAGUGUAAAAUUGUACAAUACUUCUAGUAUUCAAGGUCAUGGUGUUCAUGUCAAGACGGAAGUUGACAUGGCUGCAGUCGGAAUGAAGGAAAUGGAGGUGAUUCUGAGAUUCAAAACUGAUGUACAAAAUGGUGAUAAUUUUUACACUGAUCAAAAUGGUUUCCAGCUUAUCGGUCGCGAAAAUAGACCAGGAGACAAAAUAGAAUCAAAUUACUACCCUGUUACGACCAUGUUAAUUUUGGAAGAUAGUCUAAAAAGGUUAACAUUGCAUUGUAAACAGCCACACGGAGGUGCCAGUUUGAAAUCGGGUCAGUUUGAGAUCAUGCUUGACAGACAUACCUUUAGAGACGAUAAACGAGGUCUCGGACAAGGAGUGUACGAUAAUGUCCGAGUAAACAGCGACUUUAUUAUUCAUAUCGAACAUAAAAGUCAUUCGUUUAGACCGGAAGAAGUUAGGUAUACUUAUCCGUCAGAAGACAGCACACUUAUGAAUGAUAUGCUUCAAAACGGUAUAUUCAAAUACAACCUUCUAGAUACUGGCUUGAAACUCCUCACAAAAGUACAUCCCUUAAAAUCAGCUGAAUUUCCGUGUGGUGUCUCAGUUGUCGGAUUUCGAAACCUUGUAAAAAGUAAUUUAGAAUAUAAUUCAACGAGUUUAGUCCUUCACCGGAAACCGAUACAUUGUGGAUAUGUGCCAUUAAACGAACAGUGUUCGGAUAAUAAUGGAAGUUUGACUAUUAAGAAAAUAUUUCCUAAAUUAAAAGUGAAGAUCUCAGAGACAUCUUUGUCGCAUUUAUAUACAAAACAACAACUGACUUUAAACUCUGACAUUACUCCUGACAGUCAAGAACUAAGAGCAUUCAAAAUUGAAAUAUAAUGUUGCCAUACCGCCUAUAAGACUAUCCCAACAAGUAGUUGCACAUUGGAAUUUAUGAUAGUUUCAUGACAUUUUUUGCCACGAAAAAAAGACAGUAAGCUAGAAAGUGGGCGAGAAGUGUUUGCAAAUGUUCAUUUAUAACUUUUUGCUAAAUCACAUGUUUGGUAACUGGGUAAAUAUUUGAUUUGUCUUCAAAUGUAAAACAGCAUCACGCCUACAAUACAUCAGGCCAAAGAACAACAAAGGUGGCAAAAGUAAUAAAGACAUUGAAAAUAUCUUUUUAUGAUUCAAAAUAUUUUUAUAGGGUACCUUAACAUUGUUAAUUUCACCAAACUCGGACACAAAAAUGUAUUUUAGAAUUUCUAUUUUGUCUUUACUUGUUGACAGGUUGUUAUGACACUUUAAAGAUACCUUCUAUUGAAUAACGGACAUUUUUCAUAGACGAUGAUUUGUAAAUGUUUCGAAAACAAAAGAGAAAAUAUGGGUAAGAGUUUUUCAUAAGAUAUAUACUUUUUGAGAAUAAAAUCUAGAUAAUUAAAAAAAAUCAAAAAGAUCCUGCAGUGUCGUACUUGGGCUACAUGAUAGCGGUAGGUAAGCUACUACAAAAUAUUGUAAGCUUUCCAAGAAAAGUUUGAAUUUUUCUGUAAGCAUUCGGAAAUUAAUCAUAUUUUCAAGAUAUUUAAUUUAUUUAUUUCCCGAAAACGUUUUAGCGCAAACUUUCGCGUUAAUGAUUGAACCUGCCACGAGAUGCGUGGUAGCUGUCAUGAUAAUAUUCUUAUCUUACAGCAAAAGUCGAGCAUUUUUCGGACACAUAUUAUCGCAAUAAAUUAUUUUGUAGACAUGCAUUUUAUAAACAUGAAACUCAAGGCUACUCUACUAAGGUAAACUUUUCAGAAAAGAACGAAAUAUCAAGAUAAUUUUUGAACGUAUUGAGAUAGCUAUCUGGCUACUAAAUGACAGCUCUGUGCACUUAAGUAAACCGUACCGAGAUAAUAAAGUGAAUUAUCACAGUAAUAUUUAAAAAGAACUUUCGGCUACGCAAGAUAUUUUCUUUUGAAGUAUUGCGGCUGUCUCGUGGCAGAAAUAUGCCACCAAAAGGUCGCAUUACCAUUGAAUAUCUGGAUGAUGUAAAUAAAACCACACUUCAUGAAAAAUUAUCUGCUACGGGUUGGGUUAAUUAAACAACAGUUUACAACUGAUAAAAUGUCAAAGUCGGGGUUGUUCUAGUCAGUGUUACACUGUAGAAUACACAGAACAGCGUUUUACGUUCUGACGCUUUUAUACUUUCAUUUCGAUUUUUAGAAGAGUAUAUACACGGUAGUAUAAAAUAUUAACGUUUGGCACUGCAUGUUGACAAAUGUAGAUUAGAAAACUUCCUGUUUUUGUUAUGCGGAAAAUAUGCUCAUUAGAUCAUUUCAGAUACGAUUUGAUGUUUUUUUUUAUAAAUGUUUAAAGGGAAUUCCUAUAGUUUUUUAUGCGCAUCUUUCUGCGCAGCCGACACUGUCUAUGGGAAAUUGAAGAGAAGUCAACAUUUGUUGAAACAUGUGACAGACAAACUUAAAUAUGAGGAAUCUUGAAUAAAAUAACAUUCUUAAUAAGUUUUAUCAGUAAUCAAAUGUUGAUACUGGUUUAUGUUGUAUUGACAUAUAUCAUGCCUGACAUGUAUCUUGCCAUUUUUGUGGCUGUGUUUUGACAGCGCGUUUUAGCACAAAGACAGUGUUGUUCAUAUAAUGUUAGACAAUUGACUUUGUAUUGAUAAGACAAUAUCUCCUUUUAGAUUAUUUAGUAUUCAAUUAUAGAAAGAAUUAAGAUUUUUAAAAACUUUUUUUAACUUCUAGCAGAUAUAAAUGUAAUCAAUUUGGUCAGGUUCGCGCCAUUUUUCGUCCAAACAGGUGUUGUAUUCAAGCGGUCUUAAUAUAAAAUUUAGUCUGGUGACCCAUACAUUUUUAGCCAUUUUUAUGUUCACAAUACACUUAUUUAUACACAAGAAAAACAGGAAAAAAAUCCAUAAAACAGUUGUUUUUUUUUUUCAAAAUUAAAAAAAAAAAUUCUUCACUAUGGGUAUUUUUCAUUGAAAAAAGUUCACAAAUAUGAACAUGAAACAAGAUUUUUUUUUCAUUUGUACCCAUUAUUGUAAAGAUAUAGUUUACAAAUAUGACUAGGAUAUCAAAUAAGUAUAUAAAAAAAUCUUUAAAAAGAAUAAAUCUUAUUGUGCUGUCUUGAUGCAUAUUUUGGUUGGUAUUUAUAAAAAAGCAGAAAAUUAUGAAAAUGUUGAAAAAUCGCUGGCAAUUUCAGCAACAGUGGGUGUGUUCAAAACAUUUUUUCACAAAACAAGCCUGGAGACCCAUUGUUUUCAUUUGUUCAUUGUUUUCAGCAUAAAUUUUCCUUUUAUAUGUGUGAAUUUGAAAAACAUCUGUAAAAGGAAAAAACUAUAGGAAUUCUCUUUAACAAUUCGUAUUAUAGCCAUUAUAUAUUUUGUUAACAACUUGUCAUAUAGUCGGUUAAAAGCCUUUCUGAGCUCAUGCUAUUUUGUAAAUCAUGUCUAGCCGACUAAAAAUAAAUCUUAUGUUAUCAUAUAUGACUGUAAAUAUCUUAAAAGUUUUAAAUGAUGCCGGUAUAACUGAUAAUGAGACGCAUGUUGUAAAACUUGAUUUAAUUUGUAAUUAUCUUUUAAUUUUGGUUACUGUUCCUAUUGGGUUAAUGUAUUUCUAUAUUUAUGUCUAAGAUAUGUAAUAGACUCUCCCACGCGUUCAUACUACAUAUUAACUGUAUUCGCUAAGACAGAUCAGUGUAACAGACUAAGAUAUGUAAAUGUUCUGUUCUUCUUCGAUGGAGUUAUCGGCCCUGAUCGUACCAUUUGGUUUUUAUCGUUUGUUUCCAAUUUGUUGUUACCAGUUAUUCAAUGACUUCUCAUUUACAAUGUGUCUGUUAAAGUUAUUGUUUGUUGUUAGUAGCUUUAUCAUUUGGCUAAGUCCCUUAUAUUUAUUAUCAAAAUUUAUGCUCUAUUGUCACAUGUUUGUCAGAAAUAAAAUGAUAAGAAACAA